AUGGAUACAGAGGAUAAUGAUGUGUACGAUGUGGAACCAGAUGAGUUUAGUGAAGAGGACACACCUUCUCAAAAGAAGAAAACAAAGACGGGUGGAAAAGCUAAACCAAAGAAACGUCGUUUUGUUUCGAAAGUAUGGAAACACUUUGAUCUUAAUGGAAAGAACACUGAUGGUCAAGAAACUACAAAAUGCAAGCAUUGUGCUGCGAUACUUGUGGUAGAAAAAAAUCAUGGAACAAGGAUGUAA